GGGGGCUGGUGAGAGUGUCCCGGGGGGUGCUCCCCGGCAGCCCCCGGCACGUGACGCGCGACCAUCGCGACGAAGGCCGCCGCUGGCGGCAUCGCCGAUCUCCGGACGGUCGGCUUCCUCCGGGAAGCCCGCCUGGGUUGAAGAAGACCACAUGCAACCCGGAGGUGUGUUCAUCAGAUAUCCCGGGGUGUAUGAAGUAAACGAGGAGCCGAAUGAUUUAGAAACUGUCCGCGGCAGCGCUGGCUGGGCGCACAGCAUGGCCGAAAACCGAGAGCCCCGCGGGACUGUCGAGGCUGAGCUGGACCCGGUGGAGUACACCCUGCGGAAGCGGCUUCCCCACCGCCUGCCCCGGAGGCCCAAUGACAUCUAUGUCAACAUGAAGACUGACUUUAAGGCGCAGCUGGCCCGCUGCCAGAAGCUGUUGGACGGAGGGGCGCGGGGUCAGAACGCAUGCAGUGAGAUCUACAUUCACGGCUUGGGCCUGGCCAUCAACCGGGCCAUCAACAUUGCCCUACAACUGCAGGCGGGCAGCUUUGGGUCCUUGCAAGUGGCUGCCAAUACCUCCACCGUGGAGCUUGUCGAUGAGCUGGAACCGGAGACUGAUUCACGAGAGCCGCUGACCCGGAUCCGCAACAACUCUGCCAUCCACAUCCGUGUCUUCAGGGUCACGCCCAAGUAACUGAGAUGAAGCUGUCCCACCUUAUCCACCCAUCCCCAUACAGCUGGGGCUCAGAUGUGGCCCUUCUUGUCCUGAGUACUGUCAUGGAUCUUCAACCAGACCCAUGUAGGAAAAAGCCCAUCCCCUGGCAGCCCGGAGGACUCUGAAUUGAGAGGGCAAAUACCGUCUUUUGUUGGGCCCAAGCAGUGGGUCUUCCUGGAUCUUUGUGGUCUGUAGCCAUUGUCCUGUACAAUAAAAAGUUUCAAGUUA